AUGAAAAUUACCAAGAACCUCAUGCUCCUGGCCGUCUGCGCUGUCACAGCCUCCGCUGUUGCUGUUCCCGAUAACGAUAUUGCCGACGAGUGCAGAAGCCUCGGUGGUGCGAUGUCGAUCCAGGCUCAUGAGCUCCCCGAGGGCGUUAGCGCCUCCGAUGUUCGCAAAUGUGUUGAGCACCCCCUCGGCCGCGAGCGUUAUCUCGAGGAUGCCUCUUUGGCCCCCUUCAACGAGGAGCAAAAAAAAAACUCCACUCAGUUUGAGACUCGCGACCCUCUUGAUGAGCGAGCUGCCGACGCGUGCUACACUGCCGCGCCAUACGGCUGCUCGAAGGGGUAUUGUUGGAAGUCGUGUGGUAGCAAUGGUGAAUGGUGCUGGACUGCGAACAAGGCUGGGCUAGGUAGUUGGAUUACUUGCAGCAAAUACCAGGACUGUGGGACUACGACUUAUGCCUGUGGUAUCGGCGGUGCGUCUGGUGGUUGCAGCUGCUAG